AUGACUUGCAUCACGCGCGGCGGGGUCUUUAAAGUAGAUGCACCAGCAAAAGCUGGUUACAAUUGGAGGUAUUCUAAACCUGAAAUUAAUGAGGUUUUUGUUAAUCAUUUUACUGCUUUGUUUAAUGAUAAUAAUACUACCCAAUUUGGCUAUGUGGCUGUUCCAAGCCGUGUGAAUGAGAUUCAGAAUGAUGAUUUAUGCCGUCCUGUUGUAGCAGUUGAGGUUAAGAAUGCAGUUUUUUCUAUGCAUGAUGACAAAUCGCCUGGGCCUGAUGGCUUUAAUCCUGCUUUUUAUAAAAAGUAUUGGAAUAUUGUGGGGGCGGAUGUUGUGCGCGCUUGUGAGGAGUUUUUUGAGUCUGGGUCGUUUAAGAAGGGCUUUACGGAUACUGCUAUUGUCCUUAUUCCUAAGAUAAAGAAUCCUGAGAAUGUUGGGGAUCUGAGACCUAUAUCGUUGUGUAACGUCGUUUACAAAAUUAUCGCUAAGGUCCUUGCUAACAGAAUGAAGAGUAUUAUGCCUUGUAUUAUCUCAGAAAAUCAAAGUGCCUUUGUGGAGAAUCGCCUAAUCACAGAUAAUUUUCUAAUUGCAUUUGAAGUGGGUCAUUACUUGAAGCAGAAGCGGAGGGGUAAAAAUGGCGCGGCGGCAUUAAAAGUUGACAUGAGCAAGGCCUACGACAGAGUGAGAUGGGAUUUUAUCAGAGUUAUGAUGCUGAAUUUGGGUUUUAACCAUAGGUGGGUUGAUCUUAUUAUGGCUUGUGUCAUGUCUGUCCGUUACACUAGCAUAGGAGAUAAUUUCAGUUUGUCUCCGAUCGUUCCGAGUAGAGGGCUCAGGCAGGGUGAUCCGUUGUCUCCGUAUUUGUUUAUUAUCUGUGCUGAGGGGUUAACUAGUAUGCUAGUUGAGAGUGAAAGGCAGGGGAGAAUUCAUGGUAUUUCGAUUUGCAGAGGAGCGCAGUCAGUUAGCCACUUAUUCUUUGCGGAUGAUUGCUAUUUAUUUUUUCGUGCAAAUCUGGUGGAAGCCGAGGAAGUAAAAGGGAUAUUUGAUAGAUAUGAGCAGUUGUCGGGUCAGAAGGUCAACUUUCACAAAUCCAACCUUAUGCUUAGUUCUAAUAUGGAUUCGGCGUUUGGAGAUGCUAUUGCGAGAGUUCUUAGUGUUCAAGUUGUGGUGAAUCAAGGGAAGUAUCUUGGUCUACCAUCUCUUAUUGGUAGAAACAAAAGGCAGAUUUUUCAGUUUAUUAAAGAGCGGAUUUGGCAAAAAAUGAAGGGGUGGAGUGCUAAGUUUCUUUCUAGAAGUGGUAAGGAGGUGCUUAUUAAGUCUAUAGCUCAAGCUAUUCCAAAUUAUAUUAUGAACGUGUUUUUAAUUCCACAUGGGCUUUGCGAUGAGCUUGAAAGAAUGAUGAACUCGUUUUGGUGGGGUCGAAACCAAGCGGAGAAAAAAGGGAUUAAUUGGGCUAGUUGGACUAGGCUUUGUGAUCCAAAGAAAUUUGGCGGUUUGGGUUUUAAGAAAAUUCGUGAAUUCAAUGUGGCCAUGUUAGGGAAGCAAGCUUGGAGAAUGAUUUCUAUGGACGAUAAUUUGAUGGUCAAAGUUUUUAAGGCAAAAUAUUUUCCUAAUUGUUCUUUUCUAGAAGCUAAGCUAGGCUCUAACCCUAGUUAUGUUUGGAGAAGUAUUUUCGAGUCACAAGAGGUGAUGAAGUUGGGAGCGAGGGUUAGAAUUGGUGAUGGCUGGUCAACAAGGAUUUGGAGAGACCCUUGGCUAUGUGAGUCGGGGUCGGGCUGUGUUUCUGAUCCGAUGCCGGAGACUCAUGAGGGUGCCACAGUCAAUCAACUCAUGGAAAUGCAAUCCAAAGCUUGGGAUAUGGGUCUGAUUUCUGAUGUUUUUUCAGUACAGGUGGCUGCCAGUAUUCUUCGUGUCCCCUUGAGUGUGAGGAAUGUGAAAGAUAGAUGGUUUUGGUUACAGGAGAAGCGAGGUAAUUUCACGGUUAAAAGUUGCUAUAGGUUGAUGAGAGGGGAGAUGAUUAACGCUGUUGAUAGCAUAUGGAGUGCGAUUUGGCGGCUGCAUGUCCCCAUGCACGUACGAAAUUUUGUUUGGAGAAUGUGUUCUGGAUUUCUUCCUACUUAUGAUGCCUUAGCAAAUAAGAAAGUUUUUAUUUAUCCUGUGUGUCCGGUGUGUGGUUGUGAGGAUGAGUCAGCUUGCCAUCUUUUUAUCAGCUGUCGGUUUGCGCAAGAGUGUUGGAGGUCAGCAGGUAUAGCGUUUGUGAGUUAUGCAGGUACAAGAGUUGUGGACUGGGUCAAGUCUUGGCUGGUUGUAGCUGAUAAGGAGUCUGCCUGUGUUAUUUCAAUGGUUUGUUGGCACAUCUGGUCCAACAGAAACAGUAUUGUUUGGUCUGAUAAGCGGUUGGAGGUGUUGGACGUGCUUAAUAUGGCGGGGUGUCAGCUCACUGCGUGGAGAAAGGCAAGGGAAUCUAAUCCAGCUAAUGAUAAAAAAGCAGAGGAGAAUUUUUCACUCUUAGAGGAUGAAUCCAGACCGGCAUUUUUCAUGAAAGUUCAGCUUCAUGGCACCUUUCAUACAUCUUCUAGGUCGAAUCCGGAUUGGAUGUCUCCUGAAAGUCGUAGCAGCUUUAUGGCACCGUUCGUCCAUGUUCCAGGUUUAAUACGGAUUGGAGGUUUUCAUGAAAGUCGUAUUCGAGUUACCUUUACAUGGACGUCUGAAUUAGUUACAUCCGACGUCCAUAAAGCGAGUUAUGAUAAAACUACUCGGAUGAGGGCUGUUUUGAUUCAACAAGGAUGCGUUGCGGUGUUAGGAGGAGAGAACAAUUUAUUGGAAGGUUUGUCUGUGGGAGAGAAGGCAAAUAUUAUGUCAAAGGCACAUAGUACAAUUUUAUUGAGUCUUUCAGAUGAGGUGUUUAGAGAGGUUAUCGGUGAAGAAAUUGUUGAUGCUUUAACCGGAGCGUUGGAAAGCAAGUUUCAGAUGAAAUCUCUUAUAAACCUGUAA